AUGACUUCGUAUGAUGAUAAAUUAGACGCCUCGUUGGAUUUGAUGAGACGGUUGGAUCCAAAGAAUAUAACCAAGAAUUUGAACGAUAUAUGUACGCUUAUUCAAAACGAUGGUUCUGAAACUAGUGAAGAAUUGACCCAGGAUUUGUUAUCGUCGGUAGAUGUUCCAUUACGCACACAAAAGUGUGAUGAAACAGGCAAAGAAUACUUGUGCUGUGAUUACAAUAGAGACGGUGACUCGUACAGAUCUCCAUGGUCGAAUAAAUAUUUCCCAGUAGUGGCACAAGAUUCGGAUGAAUUACCACCUCCAUUUCCAUCGAACAUUUUAAGAGAAUUAGAAGUCAAGGCCAACGACAGCUUUGAUAUUUACCGUGACUUGUAUUAUGAGGGAGCGGGUACUUCGUCAGUGUAUUUCUGGGACACAAAUGAAGAAGAUGACGAGCAAGAAACUUUAGACAACGGGUUUGCGGGUGUUGUCUUGUUCAAGAAGGAAACAGAAGAUGGAUCAGGUAAAUGGGACUCAAUUCAUGUGAUCGAAGUUAUCCCAGAAGCAUCAAGCAAUGCAACAUACAAGGUAACAUCGUCGGUUAUACUUGACUUGCAAAACAAAAAGCUGUCAUCAUUGUCCCUUGCAGGUAGUUUAACAAGACAGUUGGAAUUGACACAAUCCUUAAGCUUAGACUCAGCUUUAAAUGUAGAGACAGCCCAUUUAAUAAAUUUGGGUACCUUGAUCGAGAAGUCGGAGUAUAAUUUGAGAAACUUAUUGCAAGAUGUGUAUUUCGACAAGUUGAGGGAUAUCGUAAUGAAGGAUUUAAGAUCAGUUGGCGAUCUUAGUGGCAAAGAAUCAGAUGACAAGAGACAAUCAGAAUUAGUUAAGGGGUUACAAAGCUUAUAG